AUGCCUUCGAACGCUCACGAGAUUGUCUUCAGGACCUCCAUUGCGGCCUGCAACUCAGGCGACCACCUCCGCGUUUACAUGCAAGAUGUCCAGGGCAAAAUCCGCGAAACUGUAUACGAAAACGGUUGGAGCAAUGGCACAGAGAAAAAAGUCAUUGCCUCUGCCAAGCUCUUAUCGCCCCUAGCCUGUACUUCAAAGGAACUUGAAAAGAUCCGAGUGUUCUAUCUUUCUAGCGAGAACACCGUCAAAGAAAUUGCUUACGAUAAGUCCGAGGGUUGGUUUGAAGGUAGCAUUGGCAAGAAACGCUACAUUACCGCCCCUUAUUCGAGCCUUGCAGUCUGCUACUUGAUGAAGGGUUCGGACAUGGAGAUGCGCGUUUAUUGCCAACUGACGGAUAACACCAUUCAGGAAUUCGGCAUUAAGGAUGAGAGCUGGGGUUGGCAGAAGAUGUCAAAUCUCGGACCUGCCAUGCCCGGCACCGAAAUCGCCUGCACCGCGUUUAAGUCUCCGCACGUAGGCAUUCGGGUCUACUUCCAGCACAUGGAGUAUGGUCUCAUAGAGAAGUGCCAUGACGGCCCCCGCGGCUGGUAUGACGGAUGGAUGAAGUUCCCCAAGAUGCAACCCCGAACAUCCAUUGCUUGCACCAGCUAUGGUUCUGGCUCGGAUAUCAUGGGAAUCCAUUUCUUCUAUACUUCUGCCGAUAUGGUCCUCGAGAUGGUCUACGAUGGCAAGUCGUGGCGCGAGGGACAGUUUCAUGCCGACUGCAUUCCUGGUACAGAGGUAGCAUGUAUCAGUUGGGUUAGUGGCUCCCGCCCUGAGAUUCGUAUCUACCUGCAGGCUGGUCAUGAGGUCUCUGCCAUCUCUGAGUUUGCGUGGACUCACGGAACUUGGAAGUCGGGAGAGAGGGCUCUCCCUCCUGCUUGA